UCCUGCUCUACCCUGUUCUGGAAGAAUCUCCCUCAGAGUUUGUUUUAUUGGAGUCUGUCUGUAAUAUUUCACAGGAAUGCUGUCGAUUAUUGUCGUGGUGAAUCUCCUCAUAGAGACUGCAGUGUCGUUCACUGUAGGGGUUCCUGGUGAUCCUAUAGCGGCUCAUGUGGGAUCCACAGUGAUUCUUCCCUGCUGGAUCUCUCCUCCUGAGAACGCUGAAGCUCUGGAGAUCCGCUGGUACCGUCGUGAUCAGUUCCGCAACCCUGUUCUGCUCUAUAAUCAUGGGAAGAUCCAAGACGUCCAGGAGGAAACGUACAGGAACCGAACCUCUUUGGCUCUGCGGUCAGAUCAGUCUGGUGGACUGAAGGAUGGAGACGUCUCUCUACGGCUGGACAAACUCAGAGUACAAGAUGAUGGUUCUUUUCGCUGUUACGUGAGUGGAGAAAGUUCAUAUGGGAGUGAAGAGGUGGUUCUCAAAAUCACUGGUAAGCAAGCAUCUACACCUUAUUUGAUGGUUUCACUCAUCGGUUCUGGCUCCAGGCUGGUGAUAGCCCUCAUCUUCGGCUUGGACACGCAGCCUAGGCUUCUGAGGAAGCCUCCCAGCAUCAGGGCUCUCCGUCCUGGAGGAUCGUCUCACAGUCGUGGAGCAGAUGAGAUGUUCUCUGUCCACAGCUGGACGGCCGUCUCUCUCUCAGACGCUCAACUGGUCUCAUGUUCAGUCUCUCUCAGAACUGGAGAAGUAAAAGAAGGAAGACUGAACAUACAGGGCAUCGUGUCUUCAGAUCCAUCAGGUUCAUGGAAGGCUCUUUUCCUCACUUUUCUCAUCUGUGCUCUUCUGGGUUCGGUUGUGUUCAUCCUCUACAAAUACAGAGAGAAACUAACAGGGAAGAAACCAGCUAAAGAAAUUUGUGAGGAGGAAACUAUGGAGAGACUGACAAAAGAAGGAACAAAUGCAGAAGAACCGAAGAAAGUACCAGAUUGUGAGGAGGGAAUUCUGGAGAAACUGAGGAAAAAAGUUGUGGAAGACAUCAAUAUAGAGGAACUGAGGAAACAUGCAGUUGAGAUCACUAUUGACCGUGAGGCUUUACAUCCAGGUCUGAUGCUUUCUAAGGACUGUAAAAUGGUGAAGGAUCGUCCAGAAUAUAAACACACUGGAGAGGGAUUUCCAUUUGAAUUAUGUGCAUCUGGAGCCCAAAGAUUCACCUCUGGUCGUCACUAUUGGGAGGUAGAGCUGGCACUAGAACAUACAGCUCCCAAAAGCUUCUGGUUAAUCGGUGUGGUGAAACAUGGACAUUUUACUGCAAGAGACAGAUCUGCUUUAACUCCAUCAGCUGGUUUCUGGUUCUUGUGUUCAGACGGUCCUCAUGGCUUUUACACCAACACUGAUCCAUCGAUUAGCUUCUCACUGACACCGAGACCUGAGCGACUGGGAGUUCUGUUCGAUUAUGAUGAGGGUCUGCUGUCAUUUUACAACGUCACAGAGAGUAAACAUCUCCUGACCAUCAGCAGCAGAUUCUCUGGAUCAGUCGUUCCUCUCUUCAAUCCCGGUGUUGGUGAUCUGAGUCCACUUAGAAUCCUGGAUUGUCCAAAACUUGUAGAAUCAGCUGCAGAGUCCAGUGAUAAUCCCAAACCUGUAGAAUCAGCUGUAAAGUCCAGACAGCCUUUAAUAACAGCUCAGAAAGCCUGACUAAUGCAGUUUAAACAGAAGGAUGUAUAUACAAUAAAAUAACAUCUUACACCUACAAACUACAGAAAUCUAUUAAGAUGUAGUAUGGUGCUGGGAACAUCAAGCUCAUGGGUUUGUUUCCUAGUAAUCAUGUGUACUUCUAAAACAUACAACUUGAACACAGCAUCAUCAAUUCAACCAAAAGUCAAUUUAUGACAACUUCAUCCGAUCUUACAAUGUCACAAGCGCUGCACAUCUGAAUCCUCCUGGACUACAUCAACGUACACACUAUAAUAAAUAACGGUUGACUUAAAAUAAAUCUGUUUUAAGAUACACAUUUGUUUAAGAAGAGCAGAUGAUUAGACAAAUACAGUCUCACAGCAACACAAGACAAAACUGCAGCAAAAAACAUGAACCAACACCAUCAGCCAUAAAACAAUGAAUCAUGGACAAUCAUAUAGUUUCGCUCAUAACACUGCAGGUUAUAGGCAGACAUUAAAUUAAUACAAUUAUAAUGGCAACACUUUUACAAUAAGGUUUGAUUAGUUAACGUUAAUUAUUACACGGCUCUCUGGAAUACUUGAUUCUGAUUGGUCAGUCGCCACACGCUCAUCCAGGUAUGCAACUGCUGUCAUCCUGUACCUCAGUUAUUGGCUGUAUUUACUGUAAAUGACUUCACUGUUAAUAGUAAUGACGUUGAAGUGUUUGUCCUGUUGCUAGAACAAUUCUUUUGAACACUGUCAUGGAUUUAAGAUAAUAAACG